GUCAUUAGCACUAGUCCGACACGGUUUUGCAACUCUUACCAACCCCGAAUAAUCUACAUCAUUCUUUCUUUUGGAGUAUUCUCGACGGCAGCUGCUUCGAUUGUCGGCGACCUUGGUAAGCUUGGCUGCAACGUUAAUUCAUGCCCAAUAUCCAUCGAAUCUCUAUCCUUGUGGCACUACUUGCCCUAGCAGCUUACUUCACCGUAACUCCGUCUACCAUCCGCACUCGCCUCCCUGCGCUUUUCCGACCUGCCAAAUCACCCCAGACGACAGAAUCUACGAAUAUGGGCACAGAGUUGGAAGCCUUGAGAGAUGUUUGGACUAGGAACUUGGACUCCCUUCCCUCCACCCCCGACAACAUCCCUGCUUUCUUCUUCGGCCACGGCUCGCCGAUGCUGGCUUUUCCAGACGGACCUAACAGUUCAAGCCACUUCUCUGAGAUACUCAGCUGGGCAGGACCCAAGGGCCCCCUUGCACUAUUCCUCAAGGAUUUUGGGCCGGCUCUCUUGAAAAAGUAUCAGCCAAAGGGCAUUGUGGUCUUUAGCGCGCAUUGGGAAACGCACACCGAGCGUCUCGUGACUGAUUAUGGGGACGAGAAUCCUUUGUUCAUGGAUUACUAUGGUUUCGACCGAGAGAUGUACGAACUGAAAUUCAAAUCCCGAGGAGACCACGAGCUGGCUCGCCGGGUUGUCGAGUUGUACAAGAAGGGUGGCCAGAAGGCACGUCUGACCACUACCCUUGAGAACCGUGGUCAGGAUGGACGAGGCUUCGCGGGCACCGGAUUAGAUCACGGGGUUUUCGUUCCUUUCAAGCUCAUGUUUGGGGAGGAGUUCAAACAGAUCCCUAUCGUGCAAGUUUCCAUCGACUCUAGUCUGAGCCCUGAGAAGAACUGGGCUUUGGGCAAGGCGGUUGCAUCGCUGAGACAGCAAGGCAUUCUCGUCCUCAGCGGUGGCCUCCUAGUCCACAACCUUGGCCAAUUCAACUCUUUGGCUGCAGAACUUGCAUCGCCUGCACACAAGGAAUUCGACCGCGACGUUGUGGCUGCGGUGGCGAUUGAGGAUGUCAGUAUCGAACAGCCUCAGACGCAGACUCUAUUAAAUCCCUCCCAGAAAACUCAACGAAGACAGGCGAUGAUGAGUCUGCCCCGCCAUCCGGGGUUUCGAGCGUCCCACCCCCGCGAGGAUCAUUUCAUUCCUCUGUAUGUGGCGGGCGGUGCCGGGGAGGGCGGCGACGCCAAAGUGAUAUCAGACAUGUAUGGUUGUGGGACGUUUGCCUUCGGCCUGUAGUGCAGACUGUAGACUCGGACUAAAUUAUUCUGAGGGUGUGACAGAGAGGGGGAAUGUUGCACAGCAACAGAUUCCCGUUGCGCGAUCGCGCUGAGACCGUCCUUGACCUUCUGCCACGUUGUGCAGCUUUUUAUUCGAAUCUUCUCAGCCACCGAAUAUCGGGCGACUACCGACCCUUGGAUCAGCAAGUAGAGGGGAUAUCAAGAGAUCAUUGGCCACGGGUCCGCGAUGACAGACUACUGACAGUUGCGACCGCUUGCAUGGCUUGAAACGCUUACCAGCUGUGGAAAUCACAAGUCGUCCGGCACCAAGUAAGUAACUUGGCAGUAGAAGACCCUUGAACAGCAUCCCGCCCGAACACAUUGCACCCUCCCCACUACCCGACAGGCCAUUGCGUGGUAGCGCAGGCCGCCCUCCCCCCUACUUCCGUCUCCAUCUGCGGCUUCUGCCCUUACACAGCAAAGCCUAUCAGCUCCUUUGCGGUCUCUUUUGACCGUCUUUGGAGUGGUCUCAGCGCUCUCUGCUUGUCUUUUCUCUUCCCCGCGUACAGCGAUUGCAAUCUCGCCUGCGCUCAACUAGAAUGGCGUCUUCGCCUUUAAUACACUCCAGGGAAACCUCCCUCCCCCCGCCCUCGUCGGAUUUGACUCCCGGCCCACUGGCCCCGCAUCGCCGCUCCCAGACGCAUAUCAUCGUCCCCGACGCUCCGAUCACUCCGCCGAUGUCACCGGCGCAGAGCGAAAACGGGGAAGACAUCAUUGUCGACUGCGAACCCCGCUACAGCGCACCACAAGGGCUCCAAUCGGUUACCAGCUCACGCUCGCUGGGACAAGACACCUCGCCCUUCCGUGAGUUUGGAGACAUGGAGAUAGAAACGCAAUCUCCGCGACCAAUCCCUGCUCCUCAGCGCUCACUGCGUGCGCUGGAGGAGGAACAGGAACAUCUCCAGAGGGCUGGUUUACGAUUGACCGAUUUUGAAGUGCGAGGCACGCUAGGGACUGGCACGUUUGCUCGCGUACUGCUUGUCCGCCACCGUGCGCCAGCGUCUCCUGGCUCGCAGAACCACUUUGCUCUGAAGGUUCUGCGGAAGUCUGAUAUUGUUCGACUGCGUCAAGUGGAGCAUGUAAAUGCUGAACGUUACAUUCUGUCUCGUGUCCAUCACCCAUUUGUUGUCGACCUCCUUGCGACCUUCCAGGACAGCCUCAACGUGUACAUGUUGAUGUCCUACGUCCCGGGCGGAGAGCUCUUCACCCAUCUGCGACGUGCGCAGCGGUUCACACCUGACGUCACCCGGUUCUAUCUGGCGACGAUCGUACUGGCCCUAAAAUAUCUCCACUCGUUCAAUAUCAUCUAUCGGGAUCUGAAGCCGGAGAACCUGCUCCUCGAUUCCCGUGGGUACCUGCGGCUGACUGAUUUUGGGUUUGCGAAGAUUGUCGACGACCGCACCUGGACCUUGUGCGGAACACCCGAAUAUUUGGCGCCAGAGAUCAUUCAGUCGGACGGGCACGGAAAGGCGGCUGAUUGGUGGGCUUGCGGUGUUCUCUGCUAUGAGAUGCUUGUCGGGUAUCCUCCCUUCUUUGACCAAUCUCCGUAUGGCAUCUAUGAGAAGAUCCUCAACGGGCACAUUCACUGGCCGAGAAGCAUGGAUACCCUGUCACGGUCGCUCAUCCGUGCUUUCUUGAAUCCCGACCGAACGCAACGACUUGGCAACAUGAAUGGCGGACCGCAGGAUAUUCUCGAUCAUCCCUGGUUCCGAGGAGUCGACUGGGAUGCCCUGGAGCGCCGUGAGAUCAAUGCUCCGAUUGUCCCACAUACGUCUUCCUCUGAUGACACUCGCCACUUUUUGCACCUGCCGUUGCCGCCUUUGGAAGAGAUGCCGGGUCUUGUCCGAGACGAGCUGCCGCCUACCGUGCAGGAACGAUUCGAUCCUGCGGCAUACCAAUUCCUGGAGUUCUGAUUUUGCCAAGUUUGUUUCUGGCCUGACAUUCUUUUGUUACCCUCAUUACUAUCUGACUAAUCCGGUGGCCCUAUGGCCGCGACUGACCUCGAGCUGUAGCCUUCCCCUCGCUUGUAACCGAUUCGUUCAUUUCUUGGCUCUCUAGCGUCGCUUUGUAUAUCAGUACGCUCCUUCUGGCUUGAUAUGUAGCCUUCGUUGACUAUCUGUGUAUUCAUAUAUCGUUUUGCACCCAAUGCUUUUGUGCCUUCCUA